GAAUAUGAAGACAAGGCUGGAAGACCUAGCAGGCCGCCCUCCCCAAAGCAGAAUGUGAGGAAGAACCUUGACUUUGAGCCACUCUCCACCACCGCACUCAUCCUCGAAGACCGACCAGCAAACCUCCCCGCGAAGCCCGCUGAAGAGGCGCAGAAGCACCGGCAGCAGUAUGAAGCCAUGGUGGUUCAGGCCAAGAAGCGAGAGCUGAAGGAGGCCCAGCGGAGGAAGAAGCAGCUGGAGGAGCGAUGCAGAGUGGAGGAGAGCAUUGGGAACGCCGUGCUCACCUGGAACAACGAGGUCCUGCCCAACUGGGAAACCAUGUGGUGCUCCAGGAAAGUUCGGGAUCUGUGGUGGCAGGGAAUCCCGCCGAGUGUGCGAGGCAAGGUCUGGAGCCUAGCCAUCGGCAACGAGUUAAACAUCACCCACGAGCUCUUCGACAUCUGUCUCGCCCGAGCCAAGGAGAGGUGGCGCUCGCUCACCACUGGAGGCCCAGGCACCGGGGUGGACAGUGAAGAUGCCGGAUUCCCCGCGGCAGACCGAGAGGCGAGCCUGGAGCUCAUUAAACUGGACAUCUCCAGAACGUUUCCGAGCCUCUGCAUCUUCCAGCAGGGCGGGCCUUACCAUGACAUGUUGCACAGUAUUUUGGGCGCUUAUACUUGUUACCGGCCGGAUGUGGGUUAUGUCCAGGGCAUGUCCUUCAUAGCGGCAGUGUUGAUCUUGAACUUGGACACUGCCGACGCCUUCAUCGCUUUUUCUAACCUGCUGAAUAAGCCCUGUCAAAUGGCGUUUUUCCGAGUGGACCACGGCCUU